CCGGGGCUGAGGUAGAUGGGUCUCUGCGCCCCCUGCCUACUCUACUUUCCCCCUCCAGUUCUCAGCCUCUCUUUGAAGUCCGAGAAGUGAGGAUGCGCCUCGUGGGUCGCCGCGGGGAGGAAAGGGGAGAUGGGGGAGACCCGGUGUGGAAGGAGCGCGCCCGCUCCGCUGCCCCGCUUGGCUGCAGUGCGCCCAUCCCCGAGCCCCGCGUCCGUUCCGUCCCGACUGCAGGGCUGUGCCCGAAAACACGCUGAGCGCUCGGAACGUGCCCAGCAGUCGCGCGACGCGCGUCCGGAGCCGGCUGCCACCGUCCCGCCCUCGCUGCCUCCGUCCCUCGGUCCAGGAAGCCCGCUAGGAGUCGGGGAGCUCCGGCCGCCCUUGUCGCCCCCGCCGCCCUUGUCGCCUUCGCGGCCGCGCGGACGAAGCCCUGCUCCAGGCCGGGGUUUCUCCCGCUUGGGGUGGAAUGCAGCCCGGGCUGUGGGUUUAGCAGACACACCUUUGUGAGUACACACGCCGCAGGGGCGCGCGCA